AGAGAACGAACCAAUGAUAAAUAAAUUGAAAAUGGCGUCGUUUAGCCGACCAAAUGAAUCAAAGAAUAUAUUUUUCAAUUAAUUCAAUUUAGCAAUUCAACAUUUUACAACAAAACAUUGAAAACAAAAGAAUUUGACUGAUUUACGCGUGUUUUGCGGUGUUAAUAUUAGUGAGAAACGUGCAGAGUGCAAGUGAAACCAGAAAUGGUGCUUUAUGUUUUGUCAGUGUGAUAACAUUGGUGUUUACAUGAUUUCGGCGCGGGGCAACUUGGUAAAAUGUUACCGACAGUGGAGGAGACGCGAGGGUACGACUUCCAGGACCCUGAGAAUGUGGAAAAGUGGCGCGGCGUGUUUAUAAAUCCUCUUCGAAAGGUGCUGGACCACGAGCACCCGACCCUCACGGCGGAGGAGAGCGCGCUGCAGUAUGUGGAGUCCCUCUGUCUCCGGCUCCUCGCCUUGCUCUGCGCCGUGCCAUCGCCGCUCACUGUGCAGGACGUAGAAGAACGAGUAGCCCGCACAUUCCCAACACCAUUAGACAAAUGGGCGAUCACAGAAGCGCGCGACCUGGUCACGAUCAAGCGCCGGAAGCCGAUGAUCCCGUGCGACAAGCUGCACCAGCUAUUGCAGAAGGAGGUGCUACUGUAUAAGAUAGACGUCUCCGUGUCCCAGUUCAUCACGGCGGUGCUCGAGUUCAUGAGCAGCGAUAUCUUGCGGCUAGCCGGGAACUAUGUCAAGAAGAUCUCGCAGAAGUCCGGCUAUGAUACUAUCACGUGUCGGGAUAUUAAGACUGCUAUGUGUGCGGAUAAGGUACUAAUGGACAUGUUCUACCAAGAAUCAGAGCUGACCACCUCAGAGACCUCUGGCGGUGGCUCGGAGAGGCGAGGCCGCCGCGGCUCCCUCUCGUACGCGGAGCUGGUGAGGGACCUCCUCACAGAUGAGAAGCACUUCCUCAGGGACCUCAACCUCAUCAUCAGGGUGUUCAAGGACGAGCUCGAGAAGAUUUUGGAUAAGGAUAGUCGGGCGAUCUCCCUGAUAUUCGGCAACAUAGUGGACAUCUACGAGCUGACGGUGACGCUGCUGGGCAACCUGGAGGACGCCAUGGAGAUGUCGCAGGACUCGCCCACCCCCUACAUCGGGAGCUGCUUCGAAGAGCUGGCAGAAGUGGAGGAGUUCCGCGCGUACGUGCGGUACGCGAACAUCGUCACGCGCAAGGAGUCCAGGGACGCCCUGCAGGCCAUCGUCGAUGAUCCCGUUCUAUCAGAGCGGCUGGACACGGCGGGGCACGGGUUCCGUCUGGCGGUGAAGUACUACCUGCCGAAGUUAUUACUGGCCCCGGUGGCGCACGUGUUCCUCUACCACAACUACGUACUCGCGCUGCUGCAGAUCGCGCCCGCCUCCGAGGAUAGGGAGAGCUUCAAACAGAUAACUCCUGCGUCAGAAGACAGGGAGAGCUUUAAACAGGUGGAGUGCAACUUGCAUCCGAUCAAGAAACUACUGAUCAAAGCGUUGGGGAAUGGACCAAAACUUGACGCGACCCUCCGCAUGGCGCACCGAGCUCGCCGUCAGCUCGCCAUCGAGAAGUGCAACGAGCUAGCUCGCAUCGUGGACAACUGGGACGUGCGGGACAUCGGACAGUGCUGCAACGAGUUUAUUAGAGAGGACACGCUGUCCAAGAUAGGUCCGGGCAAGCGUAUAGCGGAGCGGCGCGCGUACCUCUUCGACGGACUACUACUGCUGUGCAAGCCCAUCACCAGCAUUGUGGUGAACAGCGGCGGCAGCGGGGGCGCGGGCGGCGGCGCGCAGCAACUCAAACUCAAGGAGAAACUGCACAUACGGAAACUGGAACUCGUCGACAGACCUGAUACUGACGAGGGGCGGCACAUGGUGGAGCUGUGUCCCCGCGUGGGUCCGUGCGUGGUGCUGGCCUGUGCGUCGUGCGCGGAGAAACGGAACUGGAUGUGCGACCUCGUCAUGCUCAACACGAAGCCUAUGCUCGACCGGUUUCUGGACAGCAUCCUCCUGGACCUAGAGCGGCGGCACCCCCUGAAGCUCCCCCCCGCGUCGCUGUACCGGUUCGCGGUGCCGGACUCCCCCGACAACAUCCUGCUGGAGGACAACUCCGCCGCGCGACACCACGGCAACGCCCCCGUACCCCUCAUUAAGGGCGCGACACUGCUGAAACUAGUCGAACGACUAACGUACCACAUCUACGCUGACCUGAACCUGGUGCGCACGUUCCUCACGACGUACCGCUCGUUCUGCUCGCCCGGGGAGCUGCUUGAGCUGCUCAUCGAGCGGUUCAAGAUACCCGAGCCAAGCGAGGUGUAUGACACGCCUAGAACUGUCCCAAGGAUCAAGACGCCCAAAAAGGACGUGAGUCCGAACUCCUCGCUGCUGGACAUCGAUCUAGCGGAGAGCAUAGAGAGCGUGGCGAGCAGCGACGCGGAGAAGUUAAGCAAGAACACGGCGCGCGAGGACUGGAAGCGGUACCGCAAGGAGUUCCAGCAGCCCGUCAAGUUCAGGGUAAUAAACGUGCUGCGUCACUGGGUGGACCAGCACUUCUACGACUUCGAGCGCGAGCCGGCGCUGCUGCAGCGGCUGCGCGACUUCCUCGAGUCCGUCGACGGCAAGCCCAUGAAGAAGUGGGUGCAGAGCGUGCUCAAGACGCUGCAAAGGAAGAGCCAGCCCCCGACGGAGUGCGAGGCCCUGGGCGGGUCUGUGUCGCACGUGUUCGACCGGCUCCCCCCCACCCCCCUGCGGCACGUGGCGGAGCCCGAGCGGUUCGCGUGGCACCCGCUGGCGCUGCACCCGCUGGAGCUCGCCAGGCAACUCACGCUGCUCGAGUUCCAUCUCUACAGACAAGUGAAGCCGUCGGAGCUGGUGGGCGCGGUGUGGACGAAGAAAGACAAGGAGAAGACCAGCCCCAACCUGCUGCGGAUCAUCAAACAUACCACCAACUUCACACGCUGGAUGGAAAAAUGGAUAGUCGAAAGCGAAAACUUAGAAGAGCGGGUCGGCGUCCUGUGCCGAGUUUUAGAACUGAGCGUGGCAUUACGCCAGCUGAACAACUUCAACGGGGUUCUGGCCGUGGUGGCGGCCUGCGGGUCUGCCUCCGUCCACCGGCUCCGAGCCACCUUCCAACUCCUGCCCCCUCGACUGUCCCGCGCCCUGGAUGAGUUCAGGGAACUGAACUCCGACCAUUUCAGAAGAUAUCAAGAGAAGCUGAGGAGUAUAAACCCGCCUUGCGUGCCGUUCUUCGGCAUGUAUUUAACUAAUAUACUGCAUAUUGAGGAGGGGAAUCUAGACUACCUGCCCGAUUCGGAGCUGAUAAACUUCUCGAAGCGGCGCAAGGUGGCGGAGAUCACGGGCGAGAUCCAGCAGUACCAGAACCAGCCGUACUGCCUCACUGUCGAACCCAAGACGAGGGCGUUCCUAGAGUCCCUGGAUCCGUUCCCCGGCAAGGACGACAACGAGAUCACCAACUACUUGUACGCGAAGAGCUUAGAAAUCGAACCCCGACUCGCCAAGCAGCUGCCCAAGUUUCCCCGCAAGUACCCGGAGCUGUCCCCGAAGCCGCUGAAGGUGUCCCGUCGCGCGGCCCACGAGGCAGGCGGCGCCACCAACAACUCCUGCGCAUCCUCCAUGUCCUCCUCCGCCUCGCACUCCGACGACACCAUGAGUAUGACGUCCCAGAUAUCCCCCACCAGUAUCAGCACGUGGGACGGGGGCUCGCUGCAGUCGUUGCCGCUCGACCUAUUGUCGGGCAGUAAGCAGGAGCUGGUGAGUCCCCGGCUGGAGCGCGGCUCGCUGUCGCAGCUGUCGCAGCUGCUGUUCUUCGACAAGAACAAGCCCAACCACAACCACAAGAACAGCACGAAAGACGAGCCCCCCUCCCCCCGAGACAGACACUCGCCGCGACACGACCGACAAUGGUCGUCGUGCGAGCGGCGCACGCUGUCCCCCCGCAACCCCAUCGUGGACGCCGACCUCUUCUACUCCACCAGGGGACACACCGCGCCACGGAGACCCGACCCGCAGGAGCGAGUUCCCCCCCUGCUACCCCGCGGGGAGCCGGACCGUCCCCCCGCGCCGCCCCGCCGGCCGUGUUCCCCCUCGCACUCCUACAUACCGUCGUCUACGUGCGAGCCUCCGCCGGAGCCCCCCGACCGGCCGCAGCCCAGCCCCAAACAUGAACUCUUCAAGAUGCCGGCGGUGUCCCCGAAGCGGUCGCCGGCGCCGCAGCCGCCCGCCAGCCCGCAUCUACCCGCCGACAGUAGAGGCGGCGUGGCGUUCAAGUUCGAGUGGCGCGGCGCCCCCACCCCGUCCCCGCCCGCGCCCCCGCUCACCCCGCAUCUACCGGUGUCGUGCGGCACCCCUCCCCCGCUGCCCCCGCGGCGCCGCCGGGACUCCGCCGCGCCCCCCACGCCGCUACCGCACUCGUCAGUAUGCGCGGGCUCGCCCCCCGCGGCGCCCGCGCCCCCCGUGGCGGGGGCGGGCAGCGUGUGCGCGACGGGGGCGCCGCCCCCGCUGCCGCCGCGGCCCGCGCCCCCGCCCGAGUUACUGCGCCCCGCACACUCCACUAUACUGCAGCGGAGGCACAAUAACACCGGCGCCCCCCGCCUGCCCCCCAAGCCCGCCGCCGCCAACUCCGCGCGCACGUAGUACACACACACAUACAUACAUACAUUGUACAUAUAUACACAGUGUUACAACAUAUAUACACUACAGUAAAAUGGGG